AUGAAGAGAGUUGUGCUACCGUUAUGUCUGCUUCUUGUUUCCAUCCUUUCAAGGGGUUCUGAAGCAGCGGUGUCUUGCAACGCGGUAGUGGCCAACCUUUACCCGUGCGCUGUGUACGUGGCGCAGGGAGGAACCAUUCCGGGCAGCUGUUGCACUGGCAUCAGGAUGCUCAACGGACAAGCAAAGAGCGCAUCAGACAGGCAAGGUGUGUGUCGCUGCAUCAAGUCUGCGUUGGGAGGAGUGUCUUACUCGUCAAAGAAUCUCAAGAAUGCUGCCACUUUGCCAGCCAAGUGCGGUGUCAAACUUCCUUACAAGAUCGACCCUUCCACCAACUGCAACAGCAUUAAAUGAGAGAAAGAAGCUGCUGCAAGAGCAAAAAGACCAAGAAUAAAGGACAUGUGUUUUGUCUAAUGUAGUCGGAGUUUAACGCUUUCCCUCUACUAUUUUACUAAACUGAUCUAUCUUGACCAAGACAGAGAGUGAGUGUUCCAAUCAAGUAUACUUUAUACUUACCAUUACCAAUCUAAGUUGAAUCAAAUACAGUAUCUUACAUCUUUUUUUUUUAAUAAUAACUUUUCCUGUUAUUCACGCAAAUUAAGUCUUGAUUGAUUUUAUUUCUUCGUGAUUUUUGGUAUUUGAAUCCA